UCUCAUCCCUACCCCCUCACUCUCCAAUUAUCCUUCAAUCAUAACACCAACUCCCUCCUCCUCCAUUCCAAAAUUAUUACUAGCAUUAAUGGCUUCCACUUCAAAAUCUACUAGAUUUUUCUUGAUUUGUAUUGUUAUUGAUUUUUUUUCUUUAUCACUAGCCUUGCACAAAUCACCAUCUUUGUUAAAUAUACCAUCUUCUUCUAUUUCAGCUGCCCCUGCAUUGUUACCAAAUCCACCUGCUCUGUCUCCUGAUAUAAGUCCUCUUUUUCCUUCACCAGGUGGCUCUGAGCUUGCUCCUACUGAUUCUUCAUUACCCUUAAUUCCUUCUAGCCCUAGCCCUCCUAAUCCUGAUGCUAUGAUUGCUCCUGGACCUGUUUAUAUGCCGUUUUCGCCUACUCAGUCUCUACCGGUGUCCUCUGCUGUUCCUCUGUUUUCAUCUUUAUGUACAAUGGUGGUGUUGAGUUUGAUAUUGACCUGGUUUACUCAGCUCCCUGGUGUGUGAAGGUUCAAAGAUGUUUGGUUGUGGGAUCUUGUGAGGUACUUUUGAUGAAGUUUCACACUUAUUUGUUUACUCUGUUAUGAUUUAUUUAUGUAACUAUACUUUUGUCAUCUCCUUUUGGUAGAGUAUAAUUUGUUUGUUGAAUAAGAAGGAAAUAAGCACAAUUUUGUUUAGUUUAUCUCAAGAUCUGCAUUUUGGUUCUUUUGUUGAAUGACUAUAAUGUAAUAAGUAUAUGUAGUGGCAGAGCCACAGAUACUUGAGGAGUGUAAACUGAUCAAAAAAUUAUAUUGUGUAGAUAGGUAAUUAAGUGUUUUUUUCUUUUUGUUGUAUGUAUUAUAGUGUGUUUGAAUUCUCUUGA